AUGUCCAAAGAUCCUCGCGAGACGCAGCUGGAGCUGGCGCCGACCAACCGCGUGGCCAUCUUCCACGAGCACGGCGGCCCGGACAAGAUCUCGAUCCAGCAGCUCGACACGACCAAGCAGUCGGAGCUCAACGCGGGCGAGGUGCUGGUCAGAGUUCUGUAUACGGGAGUGUGUCACUCGGACCUGCACGCACUGCAAGGCGACUGGCCUGCGCCUACCAAGCUGCCGCUGAUUGGCGGACACGAGGGCGCGGGUAUCGUCGUGGCGCUCGGACCGGGCUCGCAAGAGUACGUGCAAGUCGGCGACCGCGUUGGCAUCAAGUGGAUCGCCGACGCCUGCCUCAACUGCGAAUGGUGCCGCCUCACACACGAGAUCAAUUGUGCACAGUACAAGCCCAGCGGAUAUGCUGUGGAUGGAACGUUCCAGCAGUACGUGCGGCAUACGGCGCGGUACCUGACCAAGAUCCCCGACGCUUUGCCGCUCGACCAGGCUGCUCCGAUCCUGUGCGCCGGCGUGACCAUCUACCGCGCGCUCAAGGAGGCGCAUCUGCAGCCGGGCAACUGGGUUGUCAUCCCCGGCUCGGGCGGUGGACUGGGCCAUCUUGGCGUACAGUACGCUCGCAACGCCGGUCUGCGCGUCAUCGGCAUCGACACGGGCGACGACAAGAAAAAGAUGAGCCUCGAGCUCGGGUGUGAAGUCUUCGUCGACUUCAAGUCUACUUCCGACGUGCCUUCUGCGAUCAAGGAGGCUACUGGGGGUGCGGGAGCCCAUGCGGCGGUGGUGGCAGCAGCUACAUCGGCGGCGUACGAGCAGGCGCUCGACUACCUGCGCCCGCGCGGGACGCUGGUGAUUGUCGGCAUGCCCAACUCGAUCCUGCCCGUGUCGAUCUUCAAGACGGUCUUGUUCACGCACCGCAUUGUGGGAUCCGCGGUGGGCAACCGCCAAGACGCUGUCGAGGCGCUCGAGAUCGCGGCUACCGGCCGCGUCAAGGUGCAAUUCACGCUCAAGGGUCUGAGCGAUCUCCCGGACGUAUUCCAGGCCAUGAUCGAUGGCAAGAUCGCUGGUCGUGUCGUGCUGGAUGUCGACAAGUAG